CCCGGGGGCGCGCAUCCCUCCAUUCCUGCGAGGAAGGCUGCUGCUAAGGGAGGCGCAGGAAGGAGGCGGAGGCAGCCAGGCAGCCAGGCAGCCCGCCCGCCUGCCUGCUUUGGGGAAGGGAGAUCCUCUUUGAUCCCGGCCAUGGCGGCGAGGGGGGUCCCCGGGCAUCUCCUUCGGCUGCUGCUGCCCAGGAGGAGGAGGAGGGAGGGCGCCUUCCUCCCCGCGGGGCCCGGGGCCUGGUCUCGCAGCCGCAGCAGCGCCAGCUCUGAAGCAACUAUUAUCUCAGGGAGAAAGCUGGCUGCCCAGGUCUGUGCAGAGAUACAAAGGGACUUAGAAGCUUGGCUUGCCCUCGGAAAGAAAAGACCUCAUCUCACAGUAGUGGUCGUAGGAGACAACCCAGCCAGUCACACCUAUGUAAGAAAUAAAGUAAAAGCAGCAGCAGCUGUAGGCUUUUCUAGUGAAAUAAUACUGAAGCCUAAAAAUAUUUCUCAGGAAGAGCUUUUAGAUCUAACUGCCAAAUUAAACAAGGAUUCAAGAGUCAGUGGCAUAUUAGUCCAGUUACCUCUGCCAGAACACAUUGAUGAAAGGACUGUGUGCAACACAGUUGCCCCUGAAAAAGAUGUGGAUGGAUUCCAUAUUUUCAACAUUGGCCGACUGUGUCUUGACCAGCCUUCUGUUAUACCUGCCACUGCUGCUGCUGUUUGGGAAAUAAUAAAGAGGACAGGUAUACCAACAUUUGGAAGAAAUGUUGUCGUAGCUGGAAGAUCAAAGAAUGUUGGAAUGCCAAUUUCAAUGCUUUUGCAUACUGAUGGAGAACAUGAAAGGCCUGGAGGUGAUGCUACAGUGACGAUUACUCACAGGUAUACACCAAAAGAUCAGCUGAAGAUCCAUACGCAACUUGCUGAUAUUAUCAUUGUUGCAGCAGGUAUUCCAAAGCUGAUUACUUCUGAUAUGGUUAAAGAAGGAGCAGCAGUGAUUGAUGUUGGUAUCAACCACAUCCAAGAUCCUGUCACGGGAAAGACCAAGUUAGUUGGGGAUGUGGACUUUGAAGAGGUAAAGAAGAAAGUGGGUUUCAUCACCCCUGUGCCAGGAGGGGUAGGACCAAUGACAGUUGCCAUGCUCCUGAAGAAUACAUUCAUUGCUGCAAAGAAGCUUAGUCACUAAAAUUUAGAUUCAAGUAAUUCUAUUUAUAGAUACAUAAACAUUAUUUUUAUUACAGAUAUAUUUAUUUCUAAAUUAAAUUGUAUUUAUUUAUUUAUGUAAGUAUAUUGUUUACAAAAUGUUACAAAAAUAUAUUACUUACACUGCAAAACAUGCACCUGUUGACUUUAUGUAUGAAUUGGUGUGAUUUCCCAAUUGAUCCAAAGCAAAUUUGAGUUGUGACGUUUUUGUAAAAUGUCCUUUGUUAGCAGGAGCUGUCUUCCAAAAGAAAGCAACAUGUACAUCUGUGUUUCCAUUGCGUGAUGUCACUGUAGUGUAUGAUAAUAAAGGGCUCAUACUUUAAUAACCUUAUGCACAAAGAGGGAAUACCUCAACCAUGCACUCAGAAACUCAUUGUGGGAUGUGCUUGCUAAAAUGAAUCUGAAAAAAUGAUUUUGAUGAUUGAACAUGUUUGAAGAUAACACAAAUGAAGUAAACUGCAUGUAAACUGUAGCAUGCUCUGUAUUUUCUAAUUGCUUUGUUUCUGACUGAAAUGUGUACUAAUGUUAGGAUGGCUGCACAUCAUAGCACUUGAUGUCUACCUCUAGCUUUGCUUUCACAUCUGAAGAAAAGACGUGAGUCACAUUCUCGUUUCCAAAAAUGAAUUGAUAGGAAAACGUUCAAACAUAAUUGGACAUAUAUUUAGGGUUAUAAGCCUUUAGAAGGAUUUGAAAAGUUUGUGGUCAACAUUUCUAUGCAAGUGCAAUGUAAUGUCUAAGCAUAUUACCCAAGUAAAAAACUACUGAUGAAAAAAUCUACUUAUAUUUUUGGUUCAUCCAUUAUGAAAACUUAUCAACAUAUCUUUAUCCCAACCAUAGGGACUUAAUAUAGCAUCUUAUCGGUAUUUGUUGCUAUAAUUUCAUAUAAACAUGCUUGUAUGAACCCAAAUCAUAAGACUUUCUUCAAAUAAAAACUCAACAAUAAAAUACUGAUAAAAUUUA